ACUAGAGGUAAUAACCUCAUGUAACAAGAAGAAAAAAAUCCCUGGUCAGAAAUUUUCUUCAUCUAUAUGAAUUACUAGCUAGUAUUACUCCAUUGUCCACAUAAACUCUAAAAAUGAAGAAGCUAACAUUGCCGGAACCCAUAAAUUUUCCGGGCAAAUCUACUCAUUUCUCGGCCGAAUGUUGGUUCGACGACACGUGUAUCCUCGACAUGGACUACUUUGUCAAAACACUUUCCGGCAUUAAAGCCAAAGGUGUUCGUCCUGAACUUAUUGGCUCAAUUAUUACUCAUUAUGCUUCUAAAUGGCUUCCUGACCUUUCUACUGGAGAAGGUUCAGAAGUGUUAAGCCCAAAAAAUUUCGAAGACUCACCGGAAAGUGUCACGGCGUUAUGGAUGAAAAAGAGGUUCUUUGUAGAAACUUUGGUCGGAAUUCUGCCGCCGGAGAAAGAUUCAAUCCCUUGCAAUUUCCUCUUACGUUUGCUACGAAUCGCAAAUAUGGUUUCAGUCGAGCCCAGUUACAGAGCCGAGCUGGAGAAAAGGAUAUCGUGGCAACUGGACCAGGCUACUUUGAAAGAGCUAAUGAUUCCGUCUUUUAGUCACACGUGUGGGACAUUGCUAGAUGUUGAGCUUGUUCUUAGGUUGGUUAAGAGGUUCGUGAAUUUUGAUGAAGCCGUAAGAAGUGGAACAGCUUUAAUUAAGGUAGCGAAACUUGUGGAUAAUUACUUAGCUGAAGCUGCUGUUGAUGCAAACUUGACAUUGUCGGAGUUCAUUGCUCUUGCUGGUGCAUUUCCUGAACAUGCUCGGGCUACAGAUGAUGGCUUGUACAGAGCUAUUGACACAUAUCUCAAAGCGCAUCCCGGGGUGACAAAACAAGAAAGAAAAAGUCUAUGCAGAUUGAUAGAUAGCAGAAAGCUAUCGCCAGAGGCAUCCCUACAUGCAGCACAAAACGAACGUUUACCCGUGCGAGCAGUAAUUCAAGUAUUAUUAUCCGAACAAACCAAGCUCAACAAUAACAAGCAGCAAAUUGAUUGGAGUGGUUCCUUUAUAAGUGGCACCAGAAGCCCCAACGCGGGGAUAAAUGAUCAGCCUCCAGCUCGGUGUAUGUCAAAGCGCGAAAUGAACGUUCAGCAGAUGGAGAUAAAGAGGCUGAAAGAAGAUGUUCUUAGACUACAGAGUCAGUGUAUGACAAUGCAAGCACAGAUUGAGAAGUUGCUGGAAAAGAAAAGAGGCAGCAGCUUCUUUAGUUGGAAGAAGAUUAUUGUACCUUCUUUAGUUAAGCAUGAUAAAAUUGGAGAGGUUGAUAGAGAAACUGAUGUGGGAUUUAUUGGAAGACAAACUCCUGUGGAUAUGAAGACCAGGCUUGUUCGAGGCAGAACACCUAACAAGUGGAGGAAAUCUUUGUCCUGACUCCUGAGACAAAAUUUUAGUGUUGAAUUUGGAAUAGGUGCAGGUUAUCAAUCAAUGAAAAACUAAAACUAAUUAUUAAAAUUCAUAAGCUUAGUUGUUGUUCUCUCUUCCUACUUCGUAUCCUAGUAAAAGGGGAAAAAAAUUAACGUGUA